AUGGAGUUUAGUCGGGACUUCUGGAAGAGCGAGGAGAAGUUGCAUUUGGACGAGACGAAGGCGUUUUUUCGCGCCGUCAGCGGAGGCGUUUUGAAAAGGUCGAGCUUGUUUCUAACUUUAAUCAAUCCAGUGAAGAUGUAUAAAAUCGUGCAAAACUUCAAGAGUAUUGGGGAGAGAACGCCGAGGAAUAAUUUGAACGGAGAGGGGUUGAUUAUGGGCGGGUUGAUGGUUUUUAAAGAGGGGGGUGAAAUUGUAUAUUCGCAUCGCGAGAAGGAGUGGGGCGAUUGCGCGCCGAUUGAAGAGGUUUUAGAAGCGGCGAAAGCGGCGAACAAAACCCACCGCGAAUUAAAAGAAAGAAGCGUUUGA